AUGCUGGACCAUAUCACCGUUUGGUUUGUUACCGGCUGUUCGUCCGGUCUGGGAAAGUCACUAGCAAGUACUAUCCAUACAGCUGGCCAUUUCCUCGUCGCAACAGCCCGUAACAUUGACACACUCAACUAUCUCCCCGACGGCCCAAGCAUCCUGAAGCUAAACCUCGAUGUAACAUCCCCAAUAGCUAUCACCAAGUGCUUCUCUACAGCACUGGAUAAAUUCGGUCGCAUCGACAUCGUCAUCAACAAUGCUGGAUACUCCCUGUUCGGAGAUACCGAGGCCAUCCCUGAGUCCGAUGCACGGCUGCAAAUGGAAACCAUUUUCUGGGGUCCUGUUCUCAUUACACGAGAGGCUGUCCGAAUUUUUAGGGAAGUGAACCCUGCAGGCCAGGGCGGAACUGUUGUUCAGGUCUCCUCGAUUGGGGGCUAUGUCACGUUUCCUGGGAAUUCGUUCUAUCAUGCUGGGAAAUAUGCUCUCGGGGCUUUUACUCAGUCUUUUUCGAAAGAGCUUGAGCCAAGCUGGAAUAUCAAGCUUAUGGUUGCUGCUCCGGGUGGUGUUCGGACGAACUUUCUCACAAAUGCACACGUUGCGGCGAGACACCCUGCCUACGCUGGUUCGAAUGGUCCGUUCAGUCAGAUGCUUGGUUUGAUGACGAGGCCGGAUGUGCAGGAGAAUUUUUCAGCUCCUGAUGAUCUUGCUAGGGUGCUGUUUGAUGUUGUUGUGGGUCAGGACGAGCGAUCGCUACCUGCACGUUUCCUGAUGGGCGCGGAGACUAGGACCUUUAUUGAGUCAGAGUGUAAGAAAGAUGCGGAUGAGAUGGAGGCGUGGAAGGUGGACACUAUCCGAUGCACUUCUAAAUAA